AAACAGGCACAUCGAUCGUCUCACACAGACAGUUCUUGGCCGCCUUCCUCCACUGUGUCCGCUACGCUUAUUUGGAUCGAGUUAUAGGAGCUUUUAUUGCAAACAUCUCAGUGAGCAAACCGAGGAAAUGGAUUUCAAACCUCCAGGCUUCCAGUUUACGCAAAAAAAACCUCUGAACAGGGGGUCGCUAUGGAACGCAAACAAAUACGGCAUGGGUACGUACCGCCCGCAGCACUCUGCUGACAUAGUAUAUGUCAAAGGAACAUCUUUCCAGACUGUGCCAUCAUUGAGCAAAGUGUUGGACGGCAUCCCAAAUAGCUUGCUCGGUCUUAAGUAUGUGUGGGAGUACCGCAGCCCCAGUAAAACUGCCCCGCCACACUAUGAGUGCAGGCUUUGCAAGGUGCCCCGCCUGCAGCACGAUAUGAUCGCUCAUGUGAAAAGCGCACAACACAAUUUCACCUACAUGAAAAAGAUCCAUCCUGACAAAGUCCCUUGGGAAAAGGAAGAACUCCUCAAAGAUGCUGCUGUGAGGAAGAUGGUUAAGGAUUCUGCAGCUGAAUUGGCACAAAAAGUGGGGAGAGGACAAGUCAAGGUGGUCAUGAAGGAGCCCUACAAUGUACCCGCUUUCAAAGGACUCCGUUCUGCUGAACCGAAGCCAUUGCCCACACCAGAAAACAGCAGGGGGCCAAAUGGACCACCAUUUGGUCCAAAAUUCAAUGACCAGUUGUUUCAUGAGGAGUUUCCCCCGAAUGAAGAUUCUUACGACGAGUUUCCGGAUGAAUAUGAGCCAUCCGAUUUUGAACGGUUUUCACCUGAGCCAUGUUUCCCAGACUCUAGUCCGGAUGAAUAUGAGCCAUCCAACAUUGGGCGCUUUUCACCCAAGCAACGUUUCCCAGACCCUGAUAUGAGUCCAAGGCCGUAUCCGCAUGGGCCUGGAGAUGAUUUUAACCAAAUGAAUGGACGUGAUCGUUUUAACGCUAGGCAAAGGUUUGCUGACCAGUACAAAGGCCCACAGAUUAAGCUGCCUCCCAGUUUAAUGGACAGACCGGUAAAGAAACCAUUUGAUAGGCCAAGACACAUGGAUGCACCACCAGACAGUGGCUGUGAUUCAAACGAACUGCUUCAUUAUCUGGAGACCUUCCAGAUAGAGAACGAGAGCGAUGCACAAUUGGUUCUGAAGGUGACACAGAAACUAACAGAGCAGCUGAUGGAGUACAGACUGAACAGUAUAGCGCCAGAAGGUCCCAGCAAGAAUAGCUUUUCAAUGAACUUGAACUUCUUGUCAUCGCCCUCUUCCAGUCUGCCAAGGAGUAGUGAUAGAUACUCUCGAGCUUUACCUAAAGGUCAGUCUCUGUUCAUGGACGGUCCCCGCAGAUUCCUGAAAUGAUGUGACACCUCAAGAUGCUUGUCUUCAGCGUGUCCAUUAGCUGUGAAUGUAUGAGUAACUGUAGAUACAUUCUUUGUAUUUUUCUGACUGUUUUUGCUUUGUUAAAAAAAAAA